AUGACACUGAAGACAGUUGCGCCGUACGGUCACUGGGACAGCAAGAUCUCAGCAGAGGAUGCAACUGCGGGUGUGCGCAGCCUGAUGUCUCCGCGGACUUGUCCACACACUGGACGAGCAUUUUUUCUCGUGUCGACCCCUGAUGGUGCCAAUACGAUUGUUGAGGCCCCUGCGAGCCAAAAAGACGAGGCGUGCAGCGUUCUGCCUGAUCCCUGGCGUGUUGGCACCAGCGUCUACGAGUAUGGCGGCCUGCCGUAUGCUAUUCUCCCCCCCAAAGUCAAGCAGGGCCAGCGCAUUGUCUUCUCCGACCCACGCGACAAUGCCUGUUGUAUUCUCGACGUCGACGCCGGAUCGGUCACGACACUGGUGCCCGGAACACCAAUCCUUCGAUACGGCGACUUCCACGUGCACCCUGGUAGCUGCGACGAUGUACCCCGUCCCUGGAUCCUCGCUGUUCAGGAGGAUCACACACACCCCGAGCCGGCUGAAGUUCGCAACUACAUUGUUGGCAUCCACGUGGACACCGGGGAUGUCGUGCGAAUUGUUACAGGCGCCGACUUCUACUCGUACCCGCGAUUUGCUCCCACUAUAGAGGACGGCUAUCGUAUCUCCUGGCGUCAGUGGGAUCAUCCAGACCUACCGUUUGAUGGCGUGACACUGCACUGGGCAAUGUGGAAGCCAGAGGAGGGACAUGAUACGUGCCUUUCUAAAGUCGAGCUUGUCGCUGGUGACAAACGCCAAUGCAUAGGGGAAAUCGCUUGGGCUCCCGACGGCAGCGUCAUGUUCGGCAUGGAGCGUACGGGCAGCAACUACAGGCAGCUCUUCCGGGCUCGGCCAUCUGCCAAUGUACAGCUCGAGCCUGUCAUUCUUGAGGACUUGGGCAAGAAUCAGUUGGCUUACGUGGACCUGACAGUUGGAGCUUGGACCCCUUUAGAUGUCGGCCUCGUUGAGAUGAAGUUCGAUCCGCUCGCGGCGCUGUCGGCCUCAUCAUUUCUGGUCAUUGGAAGCGGAUAUACCUCUCCUACGGCACUGUAUCGCGUUGACCUGGAUCUCGAUAGGAUUGUCAGUGUCCUGAGAACCUUCUCAAACGGAAAGACAAAAGCAGUCGAUGGGCUGAGCGACUAUUGUGUGGCCACACCUCUGUACCGCUCUACCGACACGGCCUUUGCACCGGACGUUUUCUCGACGCCUACGCUUGUGCGUGUCCCCGUGAUUGCUUCUUCUACGACUGACAAUGAUGACAGCCCAACGCGCGACGUUUUCGGCUGGUUCUGGCCGCCGCACAAUCGGUCGUUUAUCGCACCUCCCAACACCCUGCCACCACUGAUCGUCAAUCCACAUGGUGGCCCUACAGGCUACACGGCGCCAGGACUACAUAUGAUCCCGCAGUACUGGGCCACGCGCGGCUUCGCGGUUUUUGCUAUCAACUACAGCGGCUCUUCGGGCCAUGGUCGUGCCUACCGCGACAGCCUCUGGACACGCUGGGGGCUGCUGGACCGGGAUGACGCGGCUGCCAGCGUCUCUUUCUUGGUAAAAGAAGGCCGUGUGGACGGCGCCCGUGUCGGCAUUGAGGGCGGCAGUGCAGGGGGGUACAACGUGCUGCAGAGCCUGGUGGCCUACUCGGCCGGAUUGGCGACCAAGCCGGGUGGAUUCGAUUGCAAGGGCGUUUUCACUGCUGGUGUCUGUGCCUGUGGUGUUGCCGACACGGCUGCGUUGUCUCGCGAUACCCACAAACUCGAGAGCCGUUAUGUUGAUCGGCUGCUAUGGCCUCCAGGCACGUCGGUCGAAGUGCAGCAGCGCAUCCAUCGCGCUCGGUCGCCGUUGUUCCAUGCCGAGCGGAUCACAGCGCCACUUCUGCUGGUGCAUGGGGACCACGACACGGUUGUGCCAAUUGCACAGAGCAAAGGAAUCCGCGACAGAAUCCAGGCACGCGGCGGAGACGUCGAGCUUGUAGUGUUGCCAGACGAGGGCCACAUGUUCAACAAGGCUGAGAGCAUGGUCCAGUAUCUUCAAGCGCAGACGAAAUGGUGGAAGAAGACGCUGUUAAGGUAG